CAAAAUAAGCCAAUCAAAAGAGUUUAAAGAUCGUCUUAUCCAACAUGGACGACAAUAACAAACCGGACGGCGUUUGACAGGCACAUUUGAGGAUUUGUGCCGAGCUUUUAAAUCGAAGUGAUCCAGUUUACCAAGCACACCUUGCUUAGGUUAUAAAUUUGAAGGACUCAGUCAUGGAUAAGCAGAUUUACACUCAUCAGAUAUAACCAAAAGGUGCAGGGGGGCAUUUCACAAAUUGGGAGAGGCAUUCUCAGCUUCCAUAUGGAUUCUACUCCCGGCCUGAGCAAGUCUCGUACAGAGAAGUUCCAUAAGCUCUUUAAGACGGUCCCUGAACAUGAGACUCCAAUGGACUUUUUUUCCUGUGCCUUCAUUGGGGACAUCUUGCUGCAGGGUAACCUGUACGUUUCCCAGAACUGGUUCUGCUUCUACUCGCGCAUCAAAGGUCGAGGCAGAAAGCUUGAAAUCCCCAUGGAGUCUGUGAUCAGUAUUACCAGAGAGAAGACAGCCAUUAUAUUUCCAAAUGCUAUUGGACUUCAGACCAAAAAUGAAAAGUAUGCCUUUGGCUCAUUUAUUGCCAGAGACAGCGUAUACAGAUUCCUAGUCAGCUGCUGGAAGAAAUCUCAUGAAAACAAGAGUAAUGGGGAUACCACAGAUGGCGCCAUAGGGACCAAUACAGACACCAAGAUGGUACACAAUGACAGCACUUUGAAAUGUACAGCAACUACCUCAUAUGUGCCAAAGAAUUGUAGCAACCGCAAUUCAAACUAUUCCAACCAAUCCCAUUCCAAAACCGACUCCAGCGAUCAAUCGGAUUACAGCAUUCCCAUGGACAGCUUUUCAAAAGACAUAAGUGAUUUGAAUGACCCAGAUAUUGACGAUAUUGACCUCAGUUCAAAAACUGAUUCUAGUCCUGUACAUUUACCAGUCAAGUCAGAGUCGUACACUCAGUUCUACCAAGAGAGAAAAGUGACCAUUUCAAGGAGGAAAGAAGCAGAAGGGAAAAAUCUACAGUUCCCUUAUUCUAUCAUUCAUAGUAUUGACAGAAAAAAGACAGCAGCUGCAUUCCAGGAAUCAGCUGUCAAAUUACAAAAAAUCCCACGUACCAGCUUACUGCUAUCAUUGUGUACAAUAUUAGUGGUAUUCCUGCUGCUAUCGGCUGUGGCCUUGACCUACAAGAUACUGGACCUUGAGGCUCAGCUGUCGAGUCGUAGGCCCUGGUCAGCAUCAGACAAUCUUCAUACGCAAUACAAAUCGUACAAGGAGGUGUUGAACCUACAGUCCCACCUGCAGGACUCCACGGCGCAGCAUGUUCAGAGAAUACUGGCGGCAAAUGUUCGAGUCUUGGAUGAGAUCAACUCCAACUUGGACCGACUUAAAAAGUCAUGUCUGCCAGGGGACUCCCAGAACCCCUGCUUUGUUGAUGAUUAAACCGGCUGUCAUAUCAACAAUGCUGUGUUGUAUCUCUGCUGCUAACAUGGAAACUUCCACCAAUCUGCAUUUUUACAUCCAUCUUUCAAAAUAUUUAACCAAGUUUUACCUUUUGAUUUUUAGCAAAUUUUACAGUUUGCUUUUUACACCAGUUUUACCAUUUAGUGAUUAGUAUAGAAUAAGCUUACAGUUUAUCACAUGAUAUUUAAAUACAGUAAUCAGAUUUCAGUUGUUUGCAUAUGGUUUUCGUAUUUAAUUUGUGAAGUUUAUUGAAAGAUAAUUUUCUGAACAGUUUGUACGUGACAUAAGAUUGUUUAGUCUGUGUUUGAAUGGUUGUUUUAUCUUCGCCUGUGCAUUAAAACCAAGAUGUUGUUGGGUUAUCUCCGUAUUAGAACAGUUAGAAAAGUGUAAUUUGUUAGGACUCCAGUAUAAAGCUGUAAAUGAAGCAUAUCAGGUGAAAGAAAAUAUAUAUCGGAAAGUUUAUUAAGGUAUUUGAGUUUUUAUUUUUAUUGACGAAAACUACUUAUUCUGUAGUAGGAAGUACAUAAGUAUGUUUAGUAUAUUGUGUGCUAUUUAGAUGACACUUUAUCUUGUUCAACUAUUUUUUAUGUAAAUCUGAACUCUUGUUUUCACUUUUUUGAAGACUGUCCAGAAUGUUUAUAUCUAACGUUUGAAGCAUCAUUAUUUAUUUACACAGGCUUUUAUCUUUUACUAUUGUAUAACUCUGGCACCAGCACUUGACUAUCAAUAUUACUUUUGCACCCAAUAGAGACAUGUUCUUUUAUCCAGUGUUGACCAUACUUUCACUGUUGUUGAUGAUAUUGCUUUCUCAAAAAAUAGUUAUUGCUCCUUAAUCACAAAAAAGCUUUAUGCUUCAUCAACUCUUGACAACAUGGACCGUUAUUGUGUGGGUAUAAAAUCUCAGACAAAACGUUAGUCCUGCAUUUGAAUUAACCCAUUUAUGCCUAGUGGACUCUAACAUCCUUCUAAAUUGGAUAAAGUUAUUCCCAAAUAUCUAGGGAUGUCUAGUGUAUUUAUUUCUAUGUUUAGAAUAUUUCUUACAAAAAUUCCUUUAAGCAAACAGCGCAGACCCUGAUGAGAUGCUGCAUGAUGCGGCGUCUCAUCUGGGUCUACGCUGUUUGCCAAGUCCUUUUUUCUAGUCCUGCAUUUGAUUUAAUAACAAAAUAAUGAUUGUUUACAGUUUCUUUACACACUAUAAAGGUUGAUGUGUCUGGGGUUAAUUGAAUAAAAAUAAAGGCAUUUCUAAUUUAAAAAAAACAGGUAACUAGUAUAAUAAGAUUAUGUUCAAUUGUAUUGUAUUUCUUUUGAAAAUGCAUUGAACUAUAUAUCAUGAUGUACUGUGGCUUAAAACUUGUGAAACAAGUGUAUGAACGAAACAAAUAAAAAUAUAUAUUAUAAAAUUGGAGUUAAUACUGCCUGUAAGAGUAAAUGAAUGUUUUUAUGGCUAUUCACGCCAAUUACCUGAAGGUAGCCAAUAUAUCAUUUAACAAUCAUACUUAAAAAAACCAAUAUCAUUUUUGGGUGUUUUAUUUGUACAAUGUAACAAUCAGAAUCCUACUUUAUUACAUUGUGUACAUUUGUAAGUAUUGUGUAGUUAGUGCAUGUUUGGGUGCAAUGGAUAUGUAUUGUCUGUUACUUUGAAAAAUGUGUACAAUUGUUUUACUGAAAAAGAUUUUAUAUGAAUGUACAUAGAUUAGGCAGUUUUUUUGUCAGGUGUUGCUUUUUACUUUAAAGAUAACCGGUAAUGUUUUAAGUAAAAUGAUCUUUUGACUCUGUAAUUUAUGACACAAGCUUACAUAAUGAUUAUGCAAUCAUAUAUUUUUAGUAUACCUAUGUAAUUUUUAUAUGAUGACAAUCUGAAGUUCAAAGUCAAUUCAUGUCUAUUAAGUUAUGUUUAUUUGACAGAUUUUAGUGAUUUUUAAUGUCAAUAUCUUUCUGGUCAAUGUUAAGUUUUUGCUCAAUUAAAUAAUGGUAUGAUAUAACAGUGUGAAAUGUGCUUGUUUUUAUCCUUACAAUUUUUAGCUCAUCUAUUUUUUGAAAAAAAUUAUGAGCUAUUGUCAUCACCUUGGCGUCUGCGUCGGCGUCCGGUUAAGUUUUGCGUUUAGGUCCACUUUUCGCAGAAAGUAUCAAUGCUAUUGCAUUCAAACUUGGUACACUUACUUACUAUCAUGAGGGGACUGGGCAGGCAAAGUUAGAUAACUCUGGCCUGCAUUUUGACUGAAUUAUGUGCCCUUUUUAUACUUAGAAAAUUGAAAAUUUUGGUUAAGUUUUGCGUUUAGGUCCACUUUUUUCAGAAAGUAUCAAUGCUAUUUCAUUCAAACUUCGUACACUUACUUACUAUCAUGAGGGGACUGGGCAGGCAAAGUAAGAUAACUUUGGCGUGCAUUUUGACAGAAUUAUGUGCCCUUUUUAUACUUAGAAUUUUUUUUUUUUUUUUUUUUUAAGAUCAUCUCACAAAUGACCACCACACCCUCACACUAUAC